GGGUGCCAGCUUCUUCCCCUCGCCAGCCCAGGCUCUGCAGAGGAUUGCGCUGCGGAGGAUGCCCUCCAUCCGGCAGACGCUGCAGGAGAUGGGGGUGAAGGUGUCCGACGUCUUCCCCGAGCUGAGGUCCAGCAGACACAGCAGCAGCGUGGCCGGCCCCAAAAACGGGACGGCUCCCACCCUCCUCACUAAUUACCUGGACACUCAGUAUUUCGGAGAGAUCAGCAUCGGGACCCCCGCGCAGACCUUCAAGGUGGUCUUUGACACGGGCUCUGCCAACCUGUGGGUGCCGUCCUACAAGUGCUCCCCCCUCUACAGCGCCUGCGUCUCCCACAGUCGCUACGACUCCUCCAAGUCCAGGACGUACAUCUCCAACGGCACGGGCUUCGCCAUCCGCUACGGCACGGGAAGUGUCAAAGGCUUCCUCAGCCAGGACAUCGUCAUGGUAUCAGACAUCCCCAUCAUCCAGGUCUUUGCCGAGGCGACGGCGCUGCCCGCCUUCCCCUUCAUCUUUGCCCGGUUUGACGGGGUGCUGGGGAUGGGCUACCCCAGCCAGGCCAUCGAUGGCAUCACCCCCGUCUUCGACCGGAUCCUCUCCCAGCAGAUCCUCAAGGAGGACGUGUUUUCCGUCUACUACAGCCGAGCUUCGAAGAACGCUCCUCUGAAACCUGGGGGGGAGAUAAUCCUCGGAGGCAGCGACCCAGCCUAUUACACGGGGGACUUCCACUACCUGAACGUCAGCAAGAGCGGCUACUGGCAGAUCAGCAUGAAGGGGGUGUCCGUCGGGGCUGAAAUCCUCUUCUGCAAGGAAGGCUGUUCGGUGGCCAUCGACACAGGAGCAUCCUACAUCACCGGCCCCGCUGGUCCCAUCUCCGUGCUGAUGAAAGCCAUCGGGGCAGCAGAGAUGGCCGAAGGAGAGUACGUGGUGGACUGUGACCGGGUCCCUCAGCUGCCCAACAUCUCCUUCCACCUGGGUGGGAAGCCAUACGUGCUCAGCGGCUCAGCCUACAUCCUUCGGCAAUCCCAGUACGGGGAGGACGUCUGUGUGGUGGCUUUCUCAGGGCUGGACAUCCCCCCACCGGCUGGUCCCCUCUGGAUCCUGGGUGCCAGCUUCAUCGGGCACUAUUACACCAAAUUCGACCGGCGCAACAACCGCAUUGGCUUCGCCACGGCCCGCUGA